UCGAAAUUAUAUAGUACACUACUUAAGGUUUCAGGUCUGGAUUGGACAUCGGUUAUCUUUGUCGUCACACAUAAUAUGCUUACGUUGACUCCAGUGAAGACACGUGAACUUCCUCUCGUGACAAACACGAAGGCAAUUCGAACUGCAGGAGCCCCGAUCUGCACUACCGCCCCCAGCAAUUCUCAGCUAUAAAAGCCUCGGCCAAUCAUUCCUCUUCCAGAUACAUUAUAGAAUCCUCAGGGAUGGUCGUCGAUAACAUAACCAUGGCGGUUACCAACCCUAGCGCGGCCUACGACAACCUCGCCGCAGAUAUUGACGAGAUUUCUCCCGCUGAAAUCAAUUCGUCCCAGAAAAACUGCACAUCUCCAAAUCCGACUAAAAGUUCCGGAAGUGAAAUCAACGAAAAGAAGCGUCCUUCAGAUCGUCUGCGCGAGAAUAAAUUUCCGAAUCAUGACAGCGUCGCCGGGAGUCGCGAUUGUGAUGGCAAGAAUGUUGGUAUCAACGACACAUCCGACCGUGAACACGGCAACCUUGAAUCGUGUCGUGAGUUGUGGCGCUGCUGCAGGCCAGUCAUGAAAAAACACAACCCCUUGCCCCCCUCCCCAACCUGGGGCGACCGCAUCAUGUAUGCCUUCUCCUGUCCUCCUCAUGGCAAGGUGGGCGAGGUGCUGACGCAGGUAGUCCAGCUGCUCUUGGUCUGGGGGGCGCUGUACGCCAUCACUGGGGACGCCGCGGCCCCGGGCGGACACAUCUUCUCUCUCCUCGUCGUCUUCGUCUGCUCCGUGAUGGGCGGCAAAGUCACCGAGGCAUGCGGGCUACCCGCGCUGCUGGGGAUGUUGCUGGCGGGUAUUGCGCUGAGGAGCAUCCCGGGCGUCAAGAUCAUUGGGGAUAGUCUCAACCCCAGCUGGUCUGCCUCCAUCAGGAAAAUGGCCUUGGUGGUGAUCCUGCUUCGGGCCGGUCUAGGCCUGGACCCUAAGGCCCUCAAGGCCAUGUCGUUGACGGUCUUUAGGCUCGCCUUCGUGCCCAGCCUCGUCGAGUCCACCACCGUUGCCAUCGUCGCGCACUUCCUCCUCGGCUUUCCUUGGCUGUGGAGCUUCAUGCUCGGAUUCAUCGUAGCGGCAAUAUCACCAUCAGUAGUAGUGCCGUGCCUGCUGCAGUUGUCGCAGCAGGGCUACGGCGUCGACAAGGGCAUCCCCACCCUCGUCAUCGCGGCGGCCACCCUCGACGAUGUCCUCGCCAUCUCAGGCUUCGGUCUGAUGCUCGGCAUGACGUUCUCUGAAGGAUCGUUGACGUGGCAACUUCUCCAUGGUCCUAUUGAGGUGUUGAUGGGCUUAUCCUACGGGGCCGUGAUGGGCUUCAUCUGCUGGAUCUUGCCUAAUGAACACCACCAAAGCCGCUCGUUUCAGCAGUUCACCAUUCUCAUCAGCGCCGGCUUCUUUGCACUCUUCGGCAGUCAGAAGGUUAGCAACUCUGUUUACGACAGCCUGACGUGUCGCGUGGUGACGACCUUCUUCGUGGUGCUCGGCAGCGGCCUGAACAUCAGGGAGCGAUUCUUCGUCGCCCUCGCCUGGCUACCAAAAGCUACAAUUCAGGCUGCGAUAGGCUCCACAGCGCUGGACUACGCCGUUCGCAUCGGAGCCGAGGAAACCGAGAUCGCUCUCGCCAAGAAGGUGCUGACCAUCGCCGUGCUGGUGAUCUUGAUCUCUGCGCCCAUCGGGGCCAUCGCCAUCAUGACCUCCGCCCCCAGACUCCUGCAGCGCGCUAUUCAGCCCGCGCCCUCUACCAGAGUCUAAUGAAUCGCUUACCUCCAUGGUAGAGUUUCAGUGUCAUUCCAACUAAUUGUAGAAUUAUUUAUUACCAAAUUUAUAUUAGUAAAUUUCUGCUUACUGCUUUACUCCACAAUGAAGAUGCGCCACCUCGAGAAAUGCGCCAUCUCUACUUCCUUUUUAUGAUGGCAGUUGUCAAUCCUUUAUCUACUGAUGCUUGUGAACAAUUGCCUGCAGAGUGUGGGUAGCUCGGAGUGUGACGAGUUAAAGCUGAAAACGUUUGCACGAGUAAAACUCCCCUUUUAAUGUUCAUUUGUC